AUGGAUCUCCUGCCCCACUUUUCUGCUGUCACUUGGCUGCUCCUCGCCGUGUUUCUCUGCCUCCUGCUGCUGUAUGGGAUAUGGCCCUUCAGGACCUUCAAGAAGCUGGGCAUUGCUGGGCCACAACCUGUGCCAUUUUUCGGAACUUUCCUGGAAUACCGGCGUGGACUCCGGGAUUUUGAUCAGAUGUGCUUUGAAAAAUAUGGGAGAAUCUGGGGGAUUUAUGAUGGCAGGCAGCCUGUGAUGGCUGUUUUGGACCCCACCCUCAUCAAAACCAUCCUGGUGAAAGAGUGCUAUGGCAUUUUUACCAACCGCCGGAACUUUGGUCUGAAUGGGAUCCUGGAGUCAGCCCUCAACGUGGCUGAAGAUGAUCAGUGGAAAAGGAUCCGUACUGUGCUGUCUCCAACCUUCACCAGUGGGAGGCUGAAGGAGAUGUUCCAUAUCAUUAAUCUUUAUGGUGAAAAAUUAGUGAAGAACAUUGAGAAGAAAGUGGCUAACGAUGAGUCCCUGAACAUGAAGGACAUUUUUGGAGCCUACAGCAUGGAUGUGGUGACCAGCACUUCUUUCAGUGUGAAUAUUGACUCCCUGAACAACCCCACUGACCCCUUUGUCACCAACAUUAAGAAAUUUCUCAAAUUCAGUUUCCUGAGCCCCAUUUUCAUGUUCUUAGUUUUGUUCCCCUUCAUUACCCCAGUGCUGGAGAAGAUGAAUGUCACUUUUUUACCCUCAGAGGUCAUGGUGUUCUUCAAGAAUGUCUUCCAAAAAAUGAGGGAGGAACGAGACAAGGGCAGCAGCAUGGAUCGGGUUGAUUUUCUUCAACUCAUGAUUGAGUCUCAGAACUCACAUGACAGCUCCAAGUCUGCGGAGACCAACUUGGACAAAUCAUUAAGUGAUGAGGAGAUUCUGGCCCAGGCUCUGAUCUUUGUCUUUGCUGGUUAUGAGACCACCAGCUCCACCCUCAGCUACAUAUCCUAUAAGCUGGCCACCCACCCUGACGUGCAGCAGCAGCUCCAGGACGAGAUUGAUGCAAACCUGCCCAACAAGGCAGCCCCCACGUACAGCGCCAUCACGCAGAUGGAGUAUCUGGAUAUGGUGGUGAAUGAAACCCUCCGGCUCUUCCCUGCUGGGGGGCGGAUCGAGAGGGUCUGCAAGAAGACAGUGGAGAUCAAUGGUGUGACCAUUCCAAAGGGCAUGGUGGUCAUGAUCCCAGCCCACGUGCUGCACUGUGACCCGGAGUACUGGCCGGAGCCAGAGGAGUUCAGGCCUGAGAGGUUCAAUAAAGAGAGCAAAGAGGCUUUUGACCCCUAUACCUUCCUGCCAUUUGGGGCUGGCCCCAGGAACUGCAUAGGAAUGAGGUUUGCCCUCCUCAUCGUGAAAGUGGCCGUGGUUGUCCUGCUGCAAAACUUCUCAUUCAGAACGUGCAAAGACACACCAAUCCCACUGGUUCUGGACUCAAGAGGUUUCAUGCAACCGAAGUAUCCCAUCAUCCUGAAGAUGGUUCCCAGAGCCCAUGGUGAUCUGGAGAAGUGA